AUGAGGCUCAUCUUCAAUAAAUACAAAAGCACAAAAACAGACUCCUUGUCCCUUGCGGGCGCUUUGGGCCUACUAGCGCCUCAUAAAGAUAUCACGAAAAGCACCACAUAUAAACCUUCGCUUUUCCGAAAUCUCCAAAAAGGCUCUGUUUCGGAAGAAUACGCGGAAUUCAAGCACCAGCAGCCUAUAAGCUUUGAGGGGCCCAGCGCCGUACACCAAAAACUGAUUGCUAACUUGAUGUCCGAUUUGCGCCACGCCACAGAAUUCGUCUCGUGGCCCAAGAAACUGCCCGCCAUCAAAAACCUAAAUGUGCACGUGAAAUCUCUAACGAACGAGGCCGAGUUGUUGGAUCUCCUCCGCUCGUCGUACAUCGAAAAGCAGCUCUCGUUGCCGCUUUUAAUGCGUUUUCUACUCAACAAACACCUCAAAGACCUCACGAAACUCCCUUUUGACGUGGCCAACAUUAAUCGUUCGGAGUUCACAAAGCAUGGCUGGUCCAACAUUAAUUUUGUCGAGCUCAAAAUUCUCCUUUUGAAGAAGUACCACGACUUGCAACAGCCGUUGGAGAUUGUCAAGCAGUUAAAACUGAGCUUUGGCACUGAGUUUUUGCCCCUCAUUCGAAAACAUCAGCUUCUGCCGUUCUACGAGCGUAUUGUGUGGAAAUUUUUUUUCGAGUACAUUGGCAUGGGCGAGGAAAAAGCCAUCAUCGAGGAGUUGAACUCUCUAAAAAGCUCAUUUCUUGUUUGGGAAGCCACCACGGCCCGAAAUGGUGAGAUUUUGACCAAAAUCCUUCAUCAACAUCAAUUAAAUACGCCCCAGAUGUUGUUUGUGAAAGUCGCAUCAUGUGACUUGGUCCAGAGAAGUAUUGAGGCGCAACUCGCACAUGGACGAUCGGCGCUUCUUUCUGCGUUGAAGCAGACGUCGUGGAAGUUCAAGGUCUACAAAUCUAUGGAUACAAAUGAAGUCAUGGCUCGAGCGUAUGUGUUCUCUUUGAUUCAUAACCUAGAGGACAUACUCACGACGCAUUUCCCUGAUUCGGCUGGGUUCCCAGAAUUACAGAAGAUAUUAAUGGAUCUCAAAGCAGAAAGGGAACGAAUGAUAAAGCCCGAGGCAAUGGAGCUAGACUAUGAAUGCGAGGUGCUGUAUGCGCACUAG